AUGGAUUCAUCUUCUACCUCAGAACAUUCAACUCCAAAUUUAACCCCUACUCUAUCACCUACAACCUCCAUAGUAGGAUCCAUGGUUUCCAUGAGGACGGAGGAUCAUAAUGAACUUUAUGAUCACAGACAACACAGGGAUUCUUUGCCUAUCCGUCAGGAUGCGAUACCAAGUGUGAUUCAGAAGACUAUUACCAGCAAAAGAGACCCUACUAGGAAUCCUGCUGGGGCCUCCGUUGACCAGAAACAAGCACAUCACCAAGAAAAUAGAGCUUCUGCUGCUAAGGAGCGUGAUGAUACAUAUGCGGCUGGUCGCCAUCACUUAAGAUCAUCAGCAUCUCAGACUGCUAAUGCUAGACCUUCGAGGUUGGAACAAACCAUCUCUCAUCAGCAGCAAUUAUUUAAUGAAGAGAACGAGCCGGCAAAUGACCCAUCAUUGCAGCAUCACCACCAUCACAGUCAAAAUCAACCAACUUCACCUGUUCAAGCUUCAAGUCCUCAUUCUCACCCAGAGAUGGCAAAGAACCAAAAGGUUAGGACAAAUUCUGUGACUUCUCAUGUCUCAUCUAUAAAUCCUUUGACACAUAUAGCAGAAACAUUGUCUAAUAUAACUACAUCCAAGACAAACGGUUCUGGAGAAAAAUUACCACAGGGAAGAAAUAAGAAGGCAAGAGCAUCGUUCGAUAGUGACGCAUCGCAGGCAUCAAGAGAAUCUCAAGAGACUGAGGAAGAUGUUUGUUUCCCCAUGCCACCUCAGUUACACAGUCGUGUCAACGGGAUUGAUUUUGAUGAAUUGGAAGAAUUUGCGGAACAAUCAAACGUCCUAAAGAGACAGUAUAUGAUGUCAUUGCAAAAUGAUAGAAAUAGUAGAUUUUCUUCUAAUAUGAACGGUCGUACUAGUGGAGUUUCAACUUCAACUUCUACUUCCGUUUCCUCUGCAGCACUUAAAUAUACUCCUAAACCCUUUAAUCAUACCGAAGAUGAUGAUGAGAAGGAUAUUGAGGAAGAUGAGGAAGAUGAAAGAAUUAAAGAGUAUGAUCACAACGAUUUAGGUUCACAGGGAUUUCCAUCAGAGUACAUUGGGAAACCUCAAGGUAUUUCAUUUGGUAAUAAUAAGAUUGAAGGUGAAUCUAGGAUGGGUAAUGAGACGCAAUCAAAUUUCAAUUUUGGCGGCGGUGGUGGAUUUAAUGCACCAGAUAGAUUCUCUUUCUUCUGUUCUGAGUCUGAAGAGACAGUUCAUGCUACUGAUAUCCCAUCAUUAGUGAACUCCAAUCAAUCAUUUUAUGAUUUAUUUAGAGGUGGCGAACCAACCUGGUGGUUAGAUUGUAGUUGUCCCACAGAUGAUGAAAUGCGUUGCAUUACCAAGGCAUUUGGAAUCCAUCCUUUGACUGCAGAAGAUAUCAGAAUGCAAGAAACAAGAGAAAAAGUGGAAUUGUUUAAAUCCUAUUAUUUUGUCUGUUUUCAUUCUUUUGAAAAUGACAAAGAAUCUGAGAAUUUCUUAGAACCCAUUAAUGUUUACAUUGUUGUAUUCAGAUCUGGUGUUCUUACAUUCCAUUUUGGCCCCAUUCCCCAUUGCGCCAAUGUUAGGAGACGUGUGAGACAGUUAAGAGAUUAUGUUAAUGUUAAUUCAGAUUGGUUAUGUUACGCCUUGAUCGAUGCCAUUACUGAUAGUUUUGCUCCAGUGAUUCAAUCCAUUGAAUAUGAAGCAGAUUCCAUUGAGGAUUCCGUGUUCAUGGCAAGGGAUAUGGAUUUUGCAAAAAUGUUGCAAAGAAUUGGUGAAAGUAGACGUAAAACUAUGACAUUGAUGAGAUUGUUAAGUGGUAAAGCUGACGUUAUUAAAAUGUUUGCCAAGAGGUGUCAGGAUGAGGCCAAUGGUAUUGGACCUGCUUUGACAUCAGAAAUUAAUAUAGCCAACUUACAAAGCACAACAUCUAUGAAUAAUUUUAAGAAGAUUAAUAAUAUGCAAGGAAAUUCCUAUGAGCAUUAUACUACCCAACCAAGAGGUGAUAUUGCAUUGUAUUUGGGUGAUAUUCAAGAUCAUUUGUUAACAAUGUAUCAAAAUUUAUUAUCUUACGAGAAAAUUUUCUCCAGAUCUCACUCGAAUUAUUUAGCACAAUUGCAAGUGGAAUCGUUCAAUUCAAAUAAUAAAGUAACAGAAAUGUUGGGUAAGGUGACUAUGAUUGGUACUAUGCUUGUUCCAUUAAAUGUGAUCACUGGGUUAUUUGGUAUGAAUGUACAUGUCCCAGGUGAAGGAGUCGACAACCUAGGCUGGUGGUUUGGUAUUCUUGGUGUAUUGGUAUUCUUAGCCAUUUGUGGGUGGUUCCUUGCAUCAUUUUGGAUUAAGAGAAUUGAUCCUCCAACAACAUUGAAUGAGGCGGCUGAAAGUGGUGCUAAAUCUGUCAUCUCUAGUUUCUUACCAAGGACGAACCAUCGUAACAACAAAAACUAUAAUGAUAAGCCAAUUCCUAGGUGGAAUGGUGGCCCUUCGAAUGGAUCUAUUGCCAGUUUACCCAGUAAGUACAGCAGGUAUGAUUGA